UCAAAUCAGGAAGUGUGAUGCUGUGACAGUACAGAAGGAAGCAGGCACAUAAUGGCACUAUGUCUGCCUCUCGGCCUGGUAACAUGAGAGGCCUCCGGGUGAAGACCCCUCUCCUGCUGCUGCUGCUGCUCUUGACCACUCUGUCUGGGACAGUGUUAUGCCAAAGUGAAGAUUACGAUGAAAAUACAGAGACUGAGGCACCAGAAACCGAUGGCUCAGACCCCGGUGUUGAUACAGAGCCCUCUGAGCCCCCAAGUCUUUAUGAAGCCACGUCACACCCCUACUCUACAGAAGAGUCAGGGGGCGAUGGGGAAGAAACUGGUUCAGGAACUCUCUUCUCUGUAACAGUGGACCCCAACACUAUUACUUUCACCAGCCCAUCAGAGGACGAGGAACAGAAUUUGGGUGUCAUCAUCAUCCCGCUCUUCGUGGGGCUGGUGGUCAUAAUCAUUGGCCUGAUAGUUUUAGGCAUUUUCAUCAGCCGCGGGUGGAUCAACAAAACAAGAAAUCAAGAGCUAAGAAAAGAAGAUCCAUAUUUGGAUGGAUCCAACACUGAGAAGGUGCCAAUGCCCAUGUUUGAAGAAGACGUACCGUCUGUCCUUGAACUAGAAAUGGAGGAGUUGGACCAAUGGAUGAAAAAAGAUGGAGAAACUGCAGAGGACUCUAAAAAUGCAUGAUUCUAAUUAUGGUUAACAAAGGACGCUCUCCCGGUAUGCAAGGACACAGUCAACAAUGCAUAGUUGCCAACUUGGAUGUUCUGACCUCUCUACAAUAAUCCAGCUACAUUUGUGACCACAGGCGGUAAUUUGACUGCCAGGAAACCACGUCACACCACUUAGGGGACACUUACAAACAUUUUUUUUUUUUUUUUUUUUUUUACAGUAAAACAUUAAGCAAGAAAAAUUAAUCUUAAAACUCUCUUUCCCUCCUCCUGAAAGUCCUCAGUGGAGAGCAACGUGCAACAAUUGGACGUGAAUGUGUUAAAUAGUGGCUUUUUUUAUCACAAUGAUCAGUAUUUUGCCUUUCAUGUAUUGUUUCUUUCGUGCUUUGUCUGUUUUUAUUCCUUACUGCCAAUAUUACCGGUAAAAUAUACAGUAUUUUCUGUCUCAUCGAGUCAGCCUGAGGGAAAAGUAUUUUUGUGUAAAAAAAAAAAAAAAAACCCACUGCUGUUGCUACAAAA